ACGACAAGCAAGAUUCGCUAGCGCUACACUCUUCCGGUUUUCAGCUUACAAACGCCAACCUGAGAUCGUGGCCAAGAUGCAAAGUGGCUAGUCGUCAAGGCACCACAAAGAUCUUCGUUGUGAAGUGUGCUGCGAAUGACCUCCAUUCACGAAGCAAGGUCGCGUUCAGUAAGCAGACGCAUGAAGCGCCCGAGGUUGACGACGAUGCAAUAGUGAGCUAUGGGGAACAGGCAUUUUGCGAUCAUCAAGGUCUUGAAGACCAAGUUGUCGUGCGGCGCAAGGUCUCUCAGCAAGCAAGGACACAUAUUGCAGGUCAUUGUGCCAGUUUGCCGUCUUCUUGGAUCAAUUGGCCUAUUUGAGAGAACAGAGCUUGACAAGAAAAGAGCGGACAAGCUGCUUAAGCGAAAGCGACGCUUACGAGAGCAGAAGCACUCUUUAUGGGCAGCUGAUGGCUAUCGAAUCCAGUAUAAAUAGCGUCUAGAUUUGAUGAUGAGGGGAUGUUGGCC